UGUUUUCCCACACUCGUAAUCAUCUCUUCUGUGAUUCAGCAGUUAAAGAAAAGCACAGAGAAUGGCUACAGCCACAGCCGCGAGGCAGCUAUCUCCUAAAGAGGUCGACAUCCAGAUGAUGUUGGCUGCCGAGGUCCAUCUCGGUACCAAGAACUGUGAUUUCCAAAUGGAGCGUUACGUCUUCAAGCGUCGCAAUGACGGAAUCUACAUCAUCAACCUUGGCAAGACCUGGGAGAAGCUUCAGCUUGCUGCACGUGUAAUUGUUGCUAUAGAGAACCCUCAGGACAUCAUUGUCCAGUCUGCAAGACCCUAUGGUCAGAGAGCUGUCUUGAAGUUUGCUCAGUACACCGGUUGUCAUGCUAUUGCUGGAAGGCACACUCCUGGUACAUUCACUAACCAACUCCAGACUUCUUUCAGUGAGCCUCGCCUUCUUAUCCUUACGGAUCCUAGGACCGACCACCAGCCUAUCAAGGAAGCUGCUCUUGGGAACAUUCCUACCAUUGCUUUUUGUGACACUGACUCACCGAUGCGAUAUGUUGACAUUGGUAUCCCUGCUAAUAACAAAGGAAAACACAGCAUUGGCUGUCUUUUCUGGCUGUUAGCAAGAAUGGUUCUUCAGAUGCGUGGAACAAUUGCUCCUGGACAGAAAUGGGAUGUGAUGGUGGAUCUAUUUUUCUACAGGGAGCCAGAGGAAGCUAAAGAGCAGGAAGAGGAGGAAGUUGUUGCUGCCCCGGAUUAUGGACUCCCUGCUGCAGAUUUUGGUAUGGGUGCUUUAGGAGCUGACCAAUGGCCCGCACAAAUGGGUGGCGAUCAGUGGACUGAUAUGGUUCAGCCACCUAUUCCAGGUGCCCCUACAGCUAACUGGGGUGAUCAAGUUGCUGGUGGUGCUGAUGGUUGGGAUCCUGCAAGUGCUCCGGCACCAAUCCCCGUCUCUGGAAUUGAUGCUCCCGCUCCUGCUCCUCCCACUGGUUGGGAGUGAGGUUUUUUUUUGACAAACUUUUUUUU